UGGAGAACAAAAAGAGACAAUUUAAUGGUGAAAGGACAACAACUAGAAGUGCUGAAUGCACUUGAUGUAGCAAAAACACAAUGGUACCAUUUCACUGCAAUUGUGAUUGCUGGUAUGGGAUUUUUCACAGAUGCAUAUGAUUUGUUUUGCAUUUCCCUGUUGACAAAGCUUCUUGGUCGUAUUUACUACGAUGUACCCGGAUCAAAUAAGCCGGGAGCAUUGCCUAUCAAUGUCUCAGCUGCCGUAAGUGGAGUGGCCCUCUGUGGGACACUAGCUGGCCAACUCUUCUUUGGUUGGCUCGGAGAUAAGAUGGGAAGGAAAAAGGUGUAUGGUAUGACCUUGGUUAUGAUGGUUGCAAUGUCCAUUGCCUCCGGUCUCUCCUUUGGGAGCACCGCCAAGAGUGUCAUGACAACACUUUGCUUCUUUCGUUUUUGGCUUGGAUUUGGUGUUGGAGGAGAUUACCCUCUAUCUGCCACCAUCAUGUCUGAGUAUGCUAAUAAGAAGACUCGUGGAAGUUUCAUCGCCGCUGUCUUUGCUAUGCAAGGUAUGGGUAUCUUAGCUGGUGGGAUUGUUUCCUUGAUUGUUUCUUCAGCAUUUGAGGCCAAAUUCAAGCCACCUCCUUUUAAAGUAAAUGCGGUUGCCUCCCUACCACCGGAGUGUGAUUACAUUUGGCGUAUUGUCUUGAUGUUUGGUGCUAUACCUGCUGCCACAACAUACUAUUGGCGUAUGCAGAUGCCUGAGACUGCUAGGUACACUGCUCUUGUGGCUAAGGAUGCUAAGCAAGCUGCUUCAGAUAUGUCUAAAGUCCUCAAGGUUCAAAUUGAUGCAGAGGAGGAGAAGGUUGACCAAAUAGCAAAGAGUGACAAGAAUCAAUUUGGUCUUUUCACAAAACAAUUUGCUCGCCAAUAUGGAAUUCGUCUACUAGGAACCACUAGCACUUGGUUCUUGCUCGACAUUGCGUUUUAUAGUCAAAAUCUUUUCCAAAAAGAUCUUUUCAGCUCCAUCGGAUGGAUCCCACCGGCAGCAGAUAUGAAUGCUAUCAGGGAGGUGUAUAUGGUAGCAAGAGCUCAAACCUUGAUCGCUCUUUGUGGAACUGUCCCUGGAUAUUGGUUCACUGUUGCUUUCAUAGAUGUAAUUGGACGUUGGUGGAUUCAGAUGAUGGGAUUCUUUUUCAUGACUGUUUUCAUGUUUGCUAUUGCCUUUCCCUACAAAUAUUGGCAGCAAAAGGAGAACCGUAUUGGUUUCAUUAUAAUGUACGGGCUCACCUUCUUCUUUGCCAACUUUGGUCCUAAUGCCACCACCUUCGUGGUUCCCGCAGAAGUCUUCCCAGCUAGGUUGAGAUCUACUUGCCAUGGUAUAUCCGCAGCAACUGGAAAAGCCGGAGCCAUUAUAGGAGCCUUCGGAUUUGUGUAUGCCUCACAAGAGAAGGACCCAGCUAAGAGAGACCAUGGUUAUCCCGCUGGUAUUGGAAAAAGCAAGUCCCUCAUUGUGCUCGGUGUUAUUAACUUCCUAGGUAUGGUGUGCACUUUAAUGGUUCCUGAGUCUAAGGGUAAGUCUCUUGAAGAAUUAGCUGGUGAAGUUGAGCUUGAUGAAGUUGACGACGAACGCAGGAGUUCUGCUUGAUUAGUGCUUGGUUUUUUGGCGUACAUACUAAUCAUGUGAUUCAUUUUGUUUUGAUAUUUAUUUGUAUUUUCUUUGUUCGCUUCAUAUUUUCAUUGUUCGUACCCUAAGCCAAUGUUGAUUUUUGUAAUUGGGUUCGAAUAUUUAUUUUUUUACUUAUCAUGUUUUUCCUAUUUAUAAUUUAAUUUUUUGUAAAGAAUUAAAUUAUUUGAUUUGCUACUUAAUGUAGCUAUUGAAUGCAGUGAAAAUUAUUUUAAUAUCUUUUAGUGUCUCUCUUUCAUCUUACCAAAUUUGGUAAUUAAAUUAUUUGCGUCUUUUAAAUGUGAAUGAUUAAGUUAUGAAAUUUGGUAUUCUUAUUAGUACUUUUUUUUAAACAUAGUUUCAUCCCCAAAUUGGUCCCCUAUCUAUAUAUUAAACAGACUUGUAAUCAUCAUUCAUGAGGCUUCGCAUGAAGAACCUGAAAAAAAGAAAAAGAAAAAGAAAAAAGAAAAAGAAAAACAAUUGAAAUUUUACACAUUGAAUAAUAUAUAAUCAAGACCAAAAUGAUAAAAUGAAUGAACAACCGCAAGUCCCCAACUAAUAACUCAACCUAUCCGGGCUUAACCACCUCGAAUCGAUCCUAAGGACAAUCAUCCUGAAGGAAUGAAAAAAAUUAUUAGUAGAAAACCUUGGAAAUAUGCAAGUUUUCAUUACAAUUUUUUUUUUUUAGUGAAAUCAAACAUGCUAGUGAUGCUACUAGAUGAUAAUUAUUACUUCGUAUUUGGUAGCUCAUUAAAGGCUCCACAACUCAUUCUUAAUAAUA